UUGCAGGUCGACCUUUCUCUUCCGUUCACUUUAUUUGGCAUCAAUUCCAAUUGUUUUUAUUGCUCUUAUAGUUCCGGCACUUUUUUAUUUUUUCCCUUCAAUAAUGCAACAUGUCUUCUUUCUUAAUUUUGUUCGAUUCCCUUUUGUUGAUUAUUACGAUCUUCAAAAGCAUGGAGUUCGUGGUCGUGGCCGAAAUUUUUACUUGCAUGUUGGGGAUUAUUUGGGAAUUAAUAAAGCAGAUGGAAACAAUGAUGCAAAUAAAGAAAAUAAAACCGAAACAACAAUUCCAACCCAAAUACAUCCAAUUCUCGGUGUUUGGCAUGUAUUACCUUCCGAAUUAUCUUCUCAAUAUGACAACAAAAUUAAAGAAACUAAAAUUGAGAAAAUUGAUGAAAAAGAAUUGGAACGUUCUUUAGACGAACAUUCCCACGGAUUAUUUAUUUAUUUUCAUGGAAAUUCUUUUGAUAGGAGUGCAGAACAUCGUUGUGAACUUUAUAAUAUUUUGUCGGCUAUGGACUUUCAUGUUUUGACAAUUGAUUAUCGAGGUUAUGGUGACUCUUCUGGACAACCAACUGAGGAUGGAUUAAAUGCAGAUGCUCAUGCUAUUUAUCAUUAUGCACGAAAACAUGCUCCAACAAAAGAUAUUUAUAUUUGGGGACAUUCUAUGGGAACUGGAGUCGCUACUCGUUUAGCUGCUGAAUUAAGCGAUGCUGGAAUGCCUCCAAAAGCUCUUGUACUUGAAUCGCCUUUUAACAAUUUACGUGAUGUUGUGAGAAAUCAUCCUUUUAGUUUGCCAUUCCGACGACUUCCCUGGUUUGAUUGGACGGUUAUUCAUCCAUUGAUUCGUUCAGGGUUGGUAAUGAGCUCUGACAAACGUGUUCAAAGAGUUACUUGCCCAAUUUUGGUUUUACAUGCAGAAGAUGACCAUAUAAUUCCAAUAGAUUUGGGCAAAAAGUUGGUUGAUUCUGCUGUGUCAGCUGACAGAAAAGUUAAAUUUGUCAAGUUUGCUGGAGACCGUGAAUUUUUACAUAAAUUUAUUCAUCGAGCCCAUGAACUUCCAAGUGUUGUUAGAACUUUCUUAGAAGAUGCCCAGCUACCAGAAAAAGGUAAAGGUCGAACACCUCGUUAUUCGGAAGAGGAAAUACAAAUGGUGGAAGAAAAUUGA